GAGAGGGAUGGGGAAGGGCGUCCGGAGCUGGCAGCCUGCUCAGGAUAUUCCCUGGAAGGAGUAAUGGAUGGUGAGGAGUGACAGGGGGGAGGUUGAGAGCGUGACACACUCAGACCCAGACUCUGAGCAGCGCCACUGCCAUGGAGCCAAGCAUCCAGGCUCUGGAGCUGUUGGGGCUGCUGCUGUGCGGGGGGGCCUGGCUGUGCUCACUGGCCACCACGCUGUUGUCCUGCUGGCUGACGCUGUCCACCGAGCUGCUGACCACCGAGACCUACGAGCUGGGGCUGUGGCAGACCUGCGUGGUGCAGGAGCUGGGCGUGCUGGAAUGCCGGCCAUAUGACGGCCUGCUGGGCCUGCCGGCCGACAUCCAGCUGGCCCGCAUCCUCAUGUGCAUGGCGCUGGCCACCGGGCUGCUGGCGCUGCUGCUGGCCAUCCCCAGCGUGCACGCCAUCAACAGCUGCCACGGCCAGCUGCAGGACCGCCGCUGCAAGAGGGCACUAAAGAUGACCGGGGGGGCGCUGAGCGUGGCAGCCGGGAUCCUGGGGCUGGUCCCGGUGUCCUACAUCGCCCACCUUACGGUCGUACGCUUCUUCGACGAGUCGGUGCCCGAGGUGCUGCCACGCUGGGAGUUCGGGGACGCUCUAUUCUGUGGCUGGACGGCGGGAGUUCUUCACCUGGUGGCCGGAACGCUGCUGCUGAUUUCCUGUUUGUGUUUGCAGAAGGAAAACUGUAACACAUCUGUCCACGUCUCCCCUGGUGAGGGACGAUCCCCCAUCACGACCAGAUCUGUGUACGUCUGAGACCACGUCCCAUCAGGGACGCCACCAGUCCACUUCCAAAACAAAGAAAACUUUCCAUUUUCAUAAAACAAAUUCAGGCUUCUGUUGCUCCGAAGUGCAAAAGUGACAACAGAGAAUAAAAAGGUUUGUUUUCUCAAUGAAGUUCUGAAUCACAGUUUUGGAAGCUAGAAAAUAAAAGGGUCUAUUUUAAGAUCAUUAUUAAACCUUAAUGAGUGGUUUUCACAGACAAAACAUAGCAAAUGUGAAUAAAAAUAGAUUCCAAAUGCUGCAAAGAUGAAUGGAUUAGUUAUCAACUAAAUUAAUCUCCAACUAAUUGGAUAAUUGAUUAAUCAGUUAAAUCAUUUUUGAUGUCAGCUUGUUAAAUGUGAAUAUUUUCUAGUUUCUUUUCUCCUCUGUGACAGUAAACUUUGAGUUGUGGACAAAACGAAACAUUUGAGGACUGCACACCUCUUACGAGUCCAACCUGUGAAUCAGAACUGCUUUGUGAAAACAAGCCUUUUUAUUGGACUGGAUUGCUCGUAUAGUUACUUUGGGCAUUUUUGGAGCAUCAAAGAAAAUACUGGACAUGUUGUUUGUGAGUUUGUUUGUGAUGAAGCCCUGUUUUAGUCUGAUUUCCCCCAAACCCAUCUGGACACUGUUUAGUGUCUGUGGAAACUUUGAGAUUUAAAAAGUUUUGUGGGUUUAAACAAAGUUUGCACUCUUUUUAAACAUGUUUCAAACUGUUUAAACCUCAAACUUUGGAAUAAUUUCACAUGUGUAACAUUUUAUAUGAGCCCAUAUCUCAGUUUUUAAUCAUUCAGAUGUUUUUUUUUUCUUUCUGGAACCAAAGAGACAAAACGUGCUGCUGUUUCCUGUUUUAUUGCUUCUGUCGCUGCAAUAAUAACUUCAGCAAUAAAUCAAAUCAACACACACGUCAUCUUUUAUGUUUUUGUAUAAAUAUCAUUUCUGACCUUCAGCAGGAAGAAAUGACUAUAAGAAUGAUUAUAAAAUAUGAUUACAAGUUAUCAGCAUUAUUUUCACUCAGUCAUCAACAGGCUGGAAAAUGAUUCAUAGGUUUAAUUUGGAGAAAAAUAUAUCCAUCUGCAGUUACACAAAAGGUGGUUACAUGAUAAAAAAGAGAAGAAGCUGCUUCACCUUCAAUCAGUAUUAUGAUUAUGAUUAUGAUGGUUUGAAUGAGGCUAUAGUUCUGAUUGUGAAUAAAUAUGCUACAGAAUAAAA